GGUGUGGUAACUAGUGACGAGACGCUGAUAUCGAGUAGAACAAGAUACCUUACUUACGCCAAGACCGCGGUGAAGGAAUUAUCCAAAACAUGUCUCACACGAUCCUGUUGGUCCAGCCCACCAAGAGGCCAGAGGGACGGACGUAUGCCGAUUAUGAAUCGGUCAACGAGUGCAUGGAAGGUGUGUGUAAGAUGUACGAGGAACACCUAAAGAGAAUGAACCCAAACAGUCCAUCCAUCACCUAUGACAUCAGUCAACUGUUUGACUUCAUCGAUGACCUGGCUGACCUCAGCUGCUUGGUGUACCGCGCGGACACGCAGACGUACCAGCCGUACAACAAGGACUGGAUCAAGGAGAAGAUUUACGUGCUGCUGCGGCGUCAGGCCCAACAGGCUGGGAAAUGAGACUUACAGCCCUUAGUUCCAGGCUGACUGCACUGCAGACGCCAGAUAGCACAACAUGUCACCACGUCAUAAAAUACAGCAAUCUGAUGACGACUGCGUAUUCAAUGACAUUGGGUUGAUGCAGUGCAACGUCUGCAAUGUAGUCUGCCUGGAACGUGACCAAUCUAUGAAGGAAGAGGUCGUGGGGGGGGGGGGUCGGGCAUUUGAUAGGAACGGAGAAGGGUUGAGUUAUAAGUUGUCUCAGUGAGAACUUUUCUAGGAGGAUGGGGUGAAGUGUGUUUUUAUUUUUUGAAAUGUUUAUUUAAAAUAGUUUCCCCUUUAUGAAGAUGUCCUUUGUCUUUACUUAAAUAAAAUAAAAACAGCAAGAAAUA